AAUAAAGAUUAGCAAACAAUGAUAUGGGUGGCUUCUGUUAUAGGCGUAUUCACCAGAAAAACGGAGAUCGAAUCAGUGAAUGGAAGAACCUUUUUACAGUUGGAAAAUCGUUCUUUGAUGUCACCUUUAACAGCUAAUAAAGGCAAAGAAUGCACCACGCCAGGAAUCUUAUGUGAUUGUGACGAUGUUAAAAACGUCUAUGUGUGUAUUCGUAGCGGUGAUAAUUUCAUUAAACAACAUGUAGAUACUUGUGCAGAUGAAUUUACAUGUAUCGCAAAUGAAGGUGGAUGUUCGGAUAAACCAAAUUUACAAUGUGGUUUCAACAAUUUCCAAAUGGAAUGUAAAUCCGAUGGAAUAUUCCCAGAUCCAUACAAUUGUAAGAAAUAUCAUAUUUGUGUUCCCGACGUAAAGUAUAUACAUGCAAAAACAACUACAACAACUGAAGAACCAGAGGAAGUUUCAACUCCCAAACCUGAAGAAGACACCGAAUACAAAGCAUAUUCCUUGGAAUGUGACGAGGGCUACGGGUACGAUCCAACCACCACAUUUUGUCAAGUUGAAUUAAAAAAUAAUGAAUGUGAAUCAUCAUUAAUACCCGCUUGUACCACUUUCACGCUACCUAAAUCAUUUACAUCAAAUCCCAGUUACUAUUACAUGUGUGCCAAAGAUUUAGGAAGUGAUGAGUACCAACCAAAAUUAUUCAAAUGUCCACAUGGAGAGCCUUUUAUAAAUGGAUCAUGUGUUUCGAAGAAUGCUGGAGAAGUUGAUUGUAAAAACGAUGGCUUAUUAGCUGAUCCCACGGAUUGUACAGCUUAUUUUGAAUGUAAAAAUGGCAAAGCCAAACAUUUAAAAUGCAGAGACAGGUAUAGUUUUAACGCACAAAAAUUAAGAUGUGAAAAAGGCUCGAAAAAUUGUUAAUAUUUAUAAUAAUUUCAUGAAGC